AUGACGCCUUUGGCGAAACUAAAAUGUAAAUCUGAAGUAAAAGAAGCCGCGGCGGAUGAUAUAGAGCUUCUAGUUGUGGUAGUCGUUGAUGUUGUUAUGUUAUCUUCUCUCCAUUCUGUUGUUGCUUCGCUUCCCUCAUCCGCACCCGUCACACAGUCUAUAGUGGACCAAGACUUUGCUGUGCUCGUAGACUUUACGUUAAGCGAAGAGACUGUGUUAGAUGAGGAUGUUGCAGAGCUUGGAAGCGUUCCCGUAAACGGAAAUGUUGAAAUGAAAGGAGACGACAUAUUCGUUGGUCUCGUUAUAGUUAUUGUAGACGGAGACGUCGCAUUUGUCGAUGAAUUGGUGUUAUUCAAAGAUGAUGUAGUGUUCGGAGCCACUGCAGUGGUGGAAGAUUUUAUGGUAAUUGAAAAGGUUGUGGCAGAUGGAGAUGUCGCAGUGGUCGGCGAUACUGUGGUGAACGGAAAACUUGAAGUGAAAGAAGACGAAAUAUUUUUUGAUGGCGAUACAGGCGAUAGGCUCGUUAUAGUUAUUGUAGACGGAGACGUCGCAUUUGUCGAUGAAUUGGUGUUAUUCAAAGAUGAUGUAGUGUUCGGAGCCACUGCAGUGGUGGAAGAUUUUAUGGUAAUUGAAAAGGUUGUGGCAGAUGGAGAUGUCGCAGUUAUCGACGAUACUGUGGUGAACGGAAAUGCUGAAGUGAAAGGAGACGAUAUAUUUGUCGACGACGAUACAGUGAACGGGCCUAUUAUAUCGGUUGUAGAUGUUGUUGUAGACGAAGACGUUCUAUUUUUCAAUGACGUUGUAUACGCCAGAGAUGUUGCUGGAGACGUAGUUGUAGCAGACGAACUGAAAAAACAAUACUCUCUUCACGUCCAGCAAAUCGUCCAAGCAUAA